CGAUAAUCUGUUGCUCGAUUAGGAGGCGAUAUCUUCUCCUAAAGAAGUAAAUUGUUGAGACCCCAAUGGAUAGGGGAAGUGAAGGGAGUUUCAUUGACGUUUUACUUACUCUUAUGUGGAGUACCAUAGGUACUGCUUUAAUACCCGCAUUGAUACCUUGGAUCAUUUAUGUCAUUUGUAAUCGGACAGAAGUUGGCAAAAUGAAAGGAAUGGUGGUGAUGAUAACAGGUAGUAGUUCUGGCCUUGGGGAACAACUAGCUCAUUCAUUCUACAAGCGUGGUUGUAAACUGAUUUUGGCUGCAAGAAGGGUAACUGAACUGGAAAGAGUAAAAAAUGAUUUGCUAGACUUAGUAGUUGAGGAUGUAUCGACAUAUGAGCCUGUUAUUGUUGAACUUGAUUUGGCUGAUAUAAAAAGUAUCCCCAGGAAAGUUAACAACUUGCUUAAUACUUACGGUCAUAUUGAUUAUUUGAUCAACAAUGGUGGAAUUUCAUAUAGAGGAAAAAUAACUGAAACUACUGUUGAUGUUGAUCAAACAGUUAUGUUAAUCAAUUAUUUUGGGACAGUUACUCUGACAAAAGCUGUUUUGCCUUCCAUGAUAGAACAGAGGCGUGGUCAUAUUGUAGCCAUUUCUAGUGUGCAGGGUCGUAUAGCCAUUCCACACAGAUCUGCCUACUCUGCAUCAAAACAUGCCUUACAAGCUUUUAUGGACUGUUUGAGAGCUGAAGUAAGCAAAGAUGGAAUAAAUGUUACCGUGAUAAAUCCCGGAUAUAUUAAAACAAACCUUUCUGUGAAUGCAGUUACUGGUUCUGGAAACAAAUAUGGAGUGAUGGAUGAGACUACUUCUAGGGGCUAUGAGGCUAGUGAAGCGGCAGAAAAAAUAUAUUACAGUAUUGCGCGUGAGGACAAAGAGUUGACAUUGGCUCCACUUCUACCACGAAUCGCUAUCAUCUUGCGCUCAUUUUGCCCAUCAUUGUAUUUCCUUCUUAUGAAAAGGCGUGCUAUGAAACUCCCACCAGUUCAUACUUAAAGUCUUUUUUAUUUUUAAUUGAGUAAUAUUUUUUUUUUUAUUAUUUAGAUGUGAAGUUUAGUGAAGGAUUUGGUCAAGGUUUUGUAUGAUGUAGAUUAUGAAUCUACUUGUACAUAUUUUUAAUAAGAUUGGGAUAAAUAAAUUAAAUUGGGGUUUUAUUAAGAGCAGACAGUGCUGAUAAGUCAGUUCAGAAGGUUUCGAUUCAGUUCAAAUUAAUUUAGACUCUUUUCUUAAUAAUUAAACUAUAUGUAUUAGUUAAAAUGAAGACAAAUAUUAUUGAGAGAAAAUAUGGCAAGCGUUUUUUGUUCUUGUUAAUUAUUUCAUUUGCUUUUUGAUAAGCCAGCACAAAUUAAUUGCAAUUUUAAUGAAAAGGCAUAUUUUUAUUCUAGUCAUUAAUGUUAUUUGUGAUAAGAUUAACAAAAUUAAAUUAACUAGUUCUUUGAAUGAAAAUAAUUAAUUCUCAUUGAUCUUUGACCUUUUCAUUGGUUUAAAGGUCUUGUUUUGUUAUGGUUUAGGCUCAAUAUUAAGACAAUUAAAAAGGCUAUUGGGAAACUAUAUGCCAUCGCAACAAAUUAGAAUUAUAGUUUUAUAGUUACCUUAUGUGUAAUUAUAUAAAUAACUUAUUUGAAAAUACAUUUUUUUGUUUAGUAUUUUGCUAGUUAUCUUUUUUCUUUUACCAUUAUAUUAUCUUCAAUGGCUGUGAUUUAUUUGUUUGUUGUUUUAAUUUUAUUUCUAGCUUGCUAAUUUUUUUUUAUUCUAUGGAUCAGGUACACAAUUUACUGAUAAUUUAUUGUACUGGCAUCAAAGAUAGGAAUUUAAAAUUUAAUCAGUCAAUUUUAUUGUUAAAAAAUAAAAAUAUGAAACUAUUACAGGUAUUAAAAUAAUGUUAUUAAGUUUACUGGAAGAAAAUACCUUUGUAAAUGUAAUUUCAUGUGCGAUCUAUGACACUAUCAUUUUAAAUAUAAUCACAUAAUUUCUAUUAAAUUUGUUUGUUAACUUGUUCUGUGGUACACCCACACACUCUUCAAACAUCUGCAAAUACUUGGUAGAAAAAAACAGCAAACCUUGUACCCACAUGCUGAAAUAAGCAUGGCAAAGAUAUGAUGGUUAUUUCAUUUGAUAUAAACCACAUAUGUUAAAAAAAGAAACAAUGAAAAUGGAGCAGAAACGUAUUUAUCUAUAGACAUUUCUCAAACAACACUAGCGCUUAUAUGGCAAACAAUGCCUUUGAUUUUUGUCCCAAAACAUACACUACACUGGAUCGGCCUCAAACAUAAGGAAGCUUCCUCCAGUCAAUCCAAAUGUCUCAUCUAUAUACUUGAGCCUAUGGGUACUCACUAUUGUUUGGCAAACUUAUGGAUAUACCUUGAUGUUUGAUGUUAGAAAAUUUCCUGUAUAUUAGGAAUCAAGUAACAUAUAUUCCGUUAUUAAUAAUCUUAUACUUGUUAAGUAGAUUGUCCAUUGAAGUUCAUUGAUGUUUGUAGUCUAUUGGUGUUUAGUAUUAACCAAUUUAAAUAAAUAGCUGAAGCCUUUAAGAAGGAGCUUGGGCAAAUUUAUUGUGGUCAUUAAUGGUUAAAUCAAUUAUCAUCAGCUCCUC